AUGACCAAGGAUCGUCUGAGUGCCCUCAAAGCAGCACAGUCAGAAGAAGAUCAUGAAGAUGAGUUGACAGCAGCAGAUAGUACUCAGGGCCAAUUUAUGGAAGAGUUUUUUGAGCAGGUUGAAGAAAUACGAGGUAGCGUUGAUUUAAUAGCAUCGAAUGUGGAGGAAGUUAAGAAAAAGCAUUCAGCUAUUCUUUCUAAUCCAGUGAAUGAUCCAAAAACGAAGGAAGAACUGGAUGAGCUGAUGGCUAGUAUCAAGAAAACUGCGAACAAAAAUAGCAUAGAACACGAUGAAACUGGAGGUUUAUCAUCAGCUGAUUUACGUAUUCGAAAAACUCAGCAUUCGACACUUUCUAGAAAAUUCGUUGAGGUCAUGACAGACUACAACAAAACCCAAACUGAUUACCGUGAACGCUGUAAAGGUCGUAUCCAGAGGCAAUUAGAUAUUGCUGGGAAACAAGUUGGUGAUGAAGAUCUAGAAGAAAUGAUUGAAUCUGGUAAUCCGGGUGUGUUCACACAAGGAAUUAUCACUGAUACACAACAAGCACGGCAGACACUGGCUGAUAUUGAAGCUCGCCAUAACGACAUUAUGAAAUUAGAGUCGAGUAUUCGUGAGCUUCAUGAUAUGUUCAUGGAUAUGGCAAUGCUCGUUGAGUCACAAGGAGAAAUGGUAGAUCGCAUAGAGUAUAAUGUUGAGCAUGCAAAAGAAUUUGUGGAUCGAGCUGUAGCAGAUACCAAAAAAGCUGUGCAGUAUCAAAGUAAAGCAAGAAGGCUCAAAAAUGCAUGUUUCAAACAUUUUUGA